GUGGGACUUGGUUGGCUCAGGGCCACAGUGCUAUCUCUAGCUGUGUCCCAGACUCUGCUUUUCCUCUCCCAGAUCCAAGGAAGCUGGUGGGUCUGGAGCACGGAGGGUGACCCCUGUUCUAUAUAAAUAUAAACAGGAAGGGACAGGAACCAUGUUCCUCCUGAGCUGUUCUCUGAGAAGGAGUUGAUCUCCACACCCAGACUCCUUUGUCAUCCUGCUGAAGAGCAGGGAGAGCACCCCCCCACCCCCCCACCCCCCGCAUGCCAACCCAUAGGCCUCAUCCCUGGCCACCCAGCUCCAGGGGUGGAGGCAGCCUAGCGUGGCUUUGAAGAGCUGUUUUAUAUGGAAGCCACGCCCCUUCAAAAUUGUGAUGGGGCCUGAGGUACUCUUCUGAGAUUGCCCAGGGCUCCAGUUCAGACUGGGUAUUCCUGUCAUACUGGCACUGGGAAGAAGAUUGCGAAAGGACCCACCACCGACGACAUGAUCCUCAGCCCCAGUGUUCACUGCUAUUUUGGGGGAUUACUGUCUGCUGUCCUGUCCAACCUCUAGCAGCAAGAGGAGAACCCCCUCCUCUCAGGGCUGGUUGGCUAGCCCAGCUAGCGACAACUGUAGAGAAUGGACUUGAGGGAGCCUGUGGCCAACUCCAGGAGGUAUCACUGACUCCAGCGUUAGCUUAAGGUGUCUCACUUCCUGGGCAGGUGGCUGGGUCAGCAGUGGGCGUGGGGCUUGGGUGGAGUCUGUGGGAGGGAUCCAAGAGGAAUGUGUGGCCAGUUGGCUCACCUUGGCUCUGGGUUUAAAGCCGACAGUUGUUGGUCCUGUGGCCACUGCCCCAUCAUUCCUGUUCCUGUGGACUUGGUCUCAUGGCUCUGGCAAAGGUGCCGGAGACAUGCCUGCUCACUGUACGCGUCCUCCAGGCCAAUGGCUUGCCUUCCAAGGACCUAGUAACAUCCUCUGACUGCUAUGUGACUCUGAACCUGCCCACGGCCUCCAGUCACGUGCUCCAGACACGCACCGUCAAGAACAGCCGAAACCCUGUUUGGAAUCAGAACUUCCACUUCCGGAUCCAUAGGCAGCUCAAGAAUGUUAUGGAACUGAAAGUCUUUGACCAGGACCUGAUAACCAAAGAUGACCCAGUGUUGUCAGUGCUGUUUGACGUGGGGACUCUGCAAGUUGGGACUCAGCACCAGAGCUUCUCGUUGAGCACUCAGGAGGAUGGGCGCUUGGAAGUUGAGUUUCGGCUACAGACUCUGACAGACUGUGAGGAACAGCUCAUCAGCAAUGGUAUCCUGGUGGCCCGGCAGCUCUCCUGCUUGUAUGUUGAACUGAAGAGGACAGGAGACCCAAAGAGGUCAGAGCGCAAAGUUCAACUCAUGGUUGCUGGGGCCUGUGAGGGACCACAGGAUGCCUCUGUGGGCACUGGAUCUUUCCGCUUCCAUUAUCCAGCCUGCUGGGAGCAAGAUCUGAGUGUUCAUCUGCAGGAUGACCCCCAAGAGCAGCUGAAGGUGCCACUACCAACUCUACCCUCCUCGCAGCUGGUGAGACUCGUCUUCCCCACAUCCCAGGAGCCACUGAUGAGAUUGGAACUCAAGAAAGAAGAAGGACCAAAGGAGCUGGCUGUGCGGCUGGGCAGUGGGCCCUGCCCCGAGGAGCAGGCCUUCCUAAGCAAGAGGAAGCAAGUGGUGGCUGCCGCCCUGAAAAAGGCCUUACAGCUGGACCAAGACCUGCACGAGGACGAGAUCCCAGUGAUUGCUGUGAUGGCCACUGGCGGGGGGAUCCGGGCGAUGACUUCUUUGUAUGGGCAGCUGGCUGGCCUGCAGGAGCUCGGCCUUCUAGACUGCAUCUCCUAUAUCACGGGGGCUUCAGGGUCCACUUGGGCAUUGGCCAACCUCUAUGAGGACCCAGAGUGGUCCCAGAAGGACCUAGCAGGGCCCACUGAGUUGCUGAAGACCCAGGUAACAAAGAGCAAGCUGGGUGCACUGGCUCCCAGCCAGCUUUGGCGGUACCGGCAAGAGCUGGCUGAGCGUGCUCGCCUAGGCCACCCGACUUGCUUCACCAACUUGUGGGCCCUCAUCAAUGAGGCCUUGCUGCACGACAAGCCCCAUGAACACAAACUCUCAGAUCAACGAGAGGCCCUGAGUCGAGGCCAGAACCCUCUGCCUAUCUACUGUGCCCUCAACAGCAAGGAGCAGGGCCUGAGUACCUUUGAAUUUGGGGAAUGGUGCGAGUUCUCUCCCUAUGAAGUCGGCUUCCCCAAGUACGGAGCCUUCAUCCCCUCUGAGCUCUUUGGCUCUGAGUUUUUCAUGGGGCGGCUGGUGAAGCAGCUUCCCGAGUCCCGCAUCUGCUUCCUAGAAGGUAUCUGGAGCAAUCUGUUUGCAGCCAGCCUCCAAGACAGCUUAUACUGGUCCUCGGACCCCAGCCAGUUCUGGGACCGCUGGGCCCAGGAUCAGGCCAACCUGGACAAAGAGCAGGUUCCCCAUCUGAAGAUAGCAGAACCACCUACAACAGCUGGCAGGAUCGCAGAGCUCUUCACUGACCUCCUGACAAAGCGUCCCCUGGCCCAGGCCACCCACAACUUCACACGAGGCCUCCAUUUCCACAAGGACUAUUUCCAGCACCCUCACUUCUCUGCCUGGAAAGCUUCCAAACUGGACGGGCUCCCCAACCAGCUGACACCCGCCGAGCCCCACCUCUGCCUCCUGGAUGUUGGCUAUUUCAUCAAUACUAGCUGCCCACCCCUCCUGCAGCCAACACGGGAUGUGGACCUCAUCUUGUCACUGGACUACAACCUCUAUGGAGCCUUUCAGCAGCUGCAGCUUCUGAGCCGGUUCUGCCAGGAGCAGGGCAUCCCUUUCCCAUCCAUCUCACCCAGCCCUGAGGAGCAGUGCCAGCCUCAGGAGUGCCAUAUGUUCUGUGACCCAGCCCAGCCCGAAGCCCCAGCUGUGCUGCACUUCCCUUUGGUCAAUGACUCCUUCCAAGACCACUCAGCCCCUGGGGUGCCACGUACGUCGGAGGAGAAGGCAGCUGGGGAGGUGAAUCUGUCUUCUUCCGACUCCCCAUACCACUACACAAAAGUGACCUACAGCCAGGAAGAUGUGGACAAGCUGUUACGUCUGACGCAUUACAACAUCUGCAACAACCAGGAUCGGCUGCGGGAGGCCAUGCACCAGGCCGUGCAGCGGCGGAGAAAGCGCAGACAGUUUAGGCCGGAGUGACAGCUGAGCUUCCCUGGCUGGGCACCCGCCCAGCUCACUGUUGAUCAUCAGUUCCUUCCCCUUUUGCUCUGAGUUCAAGAUCAGCAUCACCAAGUGCCCCAGAGACUCUGGAGAUGUUGAUGUCCAGGCACAGCUCCACAAAGAUGUGACACUAACCUGUCAGCAGCCCUGUCACAGAGUCUAGGCCAGAAGCUGCUCGCAGAGGUGCUAUGGCCGCCAUCCGUGAAUGGACUUGGGGCUUGUUAGAAAUGGGGACAGUGUUGACUGCAUGACCGGACACUGACAUGGAACACUUUACAUGUUAUGGGGGCGCUUAUAAACGGGAGGCGCUGUGGUGCUGUCCCAAGAUUA